GUUCCACACCAUUCAUAAUCAUUCGCCAAACGAUUCUACAUUAAAGCAAUACUUGAACUGAAAGUGAGUUUCUAAUCGUGUGAUUCAUAUUUACAAACGUAUUUACGGUGUGCAAUAAUCUGAAUUUAAAAAAAAUGGAAGUCUUCCUACCGCUAAUCUUUGAGAGAUCAAUGUGCCCAUUUGCCAGAACAUCUCGACUUCUGGACCAACAUUUUGGUAGUGGUUUGGACCCAGAGGAUUUCCAACAACCUGUGAACCCGAACCGGCGUGAAAUCACAAAAACUCCUGCUGGUUAUCUGAGGCGAUGGAGAUCAAGGGAUUCUUCUAACGACAGUGGAUCUACCUUGGUGGCCGAUAAGGAUAAGUUCCAGGCUAGUUUGGAUGUUCAGCAAUUUUCACCAGAAGAACUGACCAUCAAAAUAACUGGCGAGAAUGUUCUGACCGUUGAAGGCAAACAUGAAGAAAAAGAAGACCAGCACGGUUCUAUUCAGAGGCAUUUUGUCCGAAGAUACGUUUUACCCAGUAGCUACGAUAUUUCUAAGAUAGAGUCGAAGAUGUCCAGCGAUGGAGUUUUAAUCAUUACAGCUCCUUCAAUAGCAGCGAAGCAAGUUGAGCAUAAAACCAUUCCAAUUACUCAGACUGAAAAACCAGCCCGUGCUCCAGCAGAAGAAACGAAAAAUUAACAUCUAUUAUUAUUUUGUACUCUCAUGAUUUUGUAUUAAUUUAAGUAUAUUACUGUUAAGUCUAGUUAUUAAUAAUUUUAAUCGUUGCUAUUUUUUUAUUUAAUAAAUUACUUGACUUAAA